AUGAAUAAUUACGAUCUCAGCGAUAUAAAAGAAGUAUUGCAAUAUCCACCCUCAUAUUUACUGGACUUUUUGCCAAAUAGGAGAGGAGAAAAAAUAAUAUUGGCUUAUUUGAAUAAAUCAAAGGAAAAUAAUUCGUCUCCAAAAACCAAUUAUACUUUAGAUGAAACUGCACCUAUUAAUACUACCACUACUACUUUAGACGUGACAGGCAGUCCAUUAAAGGUAGAUUUAGAAGGCGACGAGACUUUGGUAAUAGAAAAAGACGUGAUAUUGCAACAAUGGUCUGAAAGUGAAAACAGACAUUUUCCACUUCCACUUAUUAAGGCCAGGCAGUAUUUAAAUUCGAAAACGAAUAUUAAGAAUAGAGAGGCUGUGUUUGUAGUAAGCGAUGGUAACAAUGCACUUAAAACCAUUCUAUUAGGAGUACAAGAAACAAGUAAGAACAUAUUUACAUGUACAAUAAAUAUUAUGGGAUUUUUACCUAUUACACACGAAAAAUUAUUGUUUCCAUCAAUGGAACGUAGUCACACUUUGUUGGACGUUAUAAAAAAAUGUCACAUAAACUAUUUGAUAACUUUUAAAUAUUUUACAUUUGGUGUUUUCUUACAAAAUGUUAAGAAAGAUUGUAAAUACAACGGUAGCAUAUGCAUUCAGUUUACCAGGUCUACGAAAUGCGAUUUGGAUAAACCUUCUAGUUUAUUAAAAGAAGUGCAGCUGUUCCUGCAAGUAAUAGCAGGUCAUAAAAAUUCAAUGGUCUAUUUUCUUUGGGAGGAACUCACUUUACUGCAGAGCUACAUCGAUGUUGCCGAUGAUUACUCAGGAAUUGGAGCCGAUACCGUCAUUUCUAAUAAUUCCUUAGUUUUAUCAGAUAUUCACGAGAGUCUUAAAGGAAUCAUCCCAUCGAACUUGAUUAAGAUGGAAGACAAAACGAAAUUUGAUUUAACCAAUAUUAGAACGCCUAAUAUUGCUGAUAAGCUUUGGGAUGUUCUGAAACAUUGCAGAAAUUUGGACAUACUCAGAUCAACUUUUCAUCAUUUUUUUGAAGAAUUAGCGGAGUCUGACUGUUAUAAUAAAGUUCCACCAGGAAACGAUAGCAAUGUGGCCACCAUCAUAAACGGAAUAAUUGACGGUAAACUAGCGGUCCCCACGAUCAGCUACAGGCAAGCCUUGGAGUUUCUGUUCGAACUGGGUUCCGAAAAACUAAAAAACGACUACCAGAUAAUCAGCAAGCACUUCUAUGCACAUUCCUACUCUGACAUUUCCAAUAAAUGGAACCAACUGCAAAAGAAGAUAGCUGUUGAAGGGGCUACCAAAAAAACUAGAAUCACACAGUGUUUUAAAAGCGAUCAAACCGAUAUCAAAGCCUGCAAAGCCAAGUUGAGCUACCUCGGGAAACUCCACGUGGCCAUAGAGUUAAUUUACUUGAUUCAACGUCAGACUUAUCUACCGGAAGCCACUUUCAAUAUCUUUUGCACCAAAGUAUUUGAAAAGUACGUGGCUAAAGAGUCUUUCAAUCUCGAAUUCAAAGAUAUCCAGAAAACGCCGCUUUGCGACUUCGAUAUGGUCAUCCGUGCAAACAGUAACGAUAUCGUGGCAGGGAGAUUACCGGAUUUUUGUUCGGUGAGAUUGAAGUCUGUGGUAGAUCAUUUCGAGGCUGAAACAGUUUUCGUGAUGUCUAAAUAUUCGAUCGUCCCGCCUACUAUAUAUGAUGAUUUUGAUGUGGAGAAUGCUCAUGAAGAAAUGCAUUACUACACAUAUAAACUCCAGAGUCAUAAUGAGAUGGUUUAA